AUCUCGUCCAAGGCCAUGGGCAUCAUGAACUCGUUCGUCAACGACAUCUUCGAGCGCAUCGCGGGCGAGGCGUCGCGCCUGGCGCACUACAACAAGCGCUCGACCAUCACGUCGCGGGAGAUCCAGACGGCCGUGCGGCUGCUGCUGCCCGGGGAGCUGGCCAAGCACGCGGUGUCGGAGGGCACCAAGGCCGUCACCAAGUACACCAGCGCCAAGUAACCAAGAAUAAACGCUAAAGACAGGAGGCUGAGCAGGGACAGGAGAAGACGAACGGUUUUGCCCGCUACCAUCGACAGCCUACGGUUAAGUAGCUGAGACCUGCGAGGAAACAGCAUAGAUGCCGUGUACUUGUUAGGUUGCUCGGGCUGAUUAUUCCAGAUAGAGGGUUAACUCCAAGCUUGUUUGGAUGUUUCUUGAUGUUACAGGAUAAAGGUGUCAGAGUGCAGAGCAGAUUUUGGGGAAAAGAGAUGCCUCAGCCAUGCAGAGCCGCCCAGGUGAACCCUCGUGAAGACCAACGUUUUGACAACCGCAGGGCGCAGCUCUUUGCUUUCUUGGGCUCCUAAGUGCCUGAGUCGUAAGUUGGUCGACUGCACCGUUUGGGUCGUUUGCACCUCGGCAGACUCCCCUCAAGGAUGAGAACUUGAAUGAAUCUUCUAGUCAUUUACUAUGGAAACUGCAGUGGACACUGGACACUGGGAAGCUGGAGGGCCCGCGAGUCCUUCCCACGGGUCCUGUACGUUGCUGCAUCGUUAGCGCCAGAGCCUCGUGAGCUACGUAGAAGUCAG